AUUCUGCAGAUCGAGGGAGGUUAAUGAGUGAAGCCGCUGGGCUAUCAGCCAAACAUGAGCAGCAAUGCUAAGGCUCCCACAAUGAGCCUGACUGUAUUACCACUGAGCUCUGUCUAAUUAUACACUCCCGGAGAGGGCGAGCGAGAGGGAGGCAGAGCAUAUUAGGCAGGGGAAAGAAAAAGUUAUCAAGUGUCAGCGUGUGUCACAGAGCAAACUCAGAGAUUGAGAGUUGUAAGGGUGAGAUAGACAGAAGGUGUGUGUCAGGAAAGGGAAGAGACACAGAGGGAGGAGGGUGGGAGAGAUCAAGCAAGCUGGGUAGAGAGAAAAGAGCGCACUCACAGGGAGAGAGAGAGAGAAUGAGAGAGAGAGAGCAAAGAGGCGUUUAGAGAGUGAGAAGGAGUAGAGGCAGGAAUAGGAUGAAGGGAGGGGAGGCUGAGCAGUAGAGAAGAGGAAGAGACUUGCAGUCUCAAAACUGGAUAUUCCUACGUGCCUGCUGCUGCCUGAUCCAAUGAGCAAACUCUCUGCUACCUGCUACGCAAAGGCACCCGGCGAGGUGAGUGGUGCUUCAGUACGAAAGAAUCAACAGUGAUCUGACAGUGAUGCUGUGUAGCAGCCUCCCCCUCUGUCUGCGCCCCUCGUUCUCCCGUGAGGCCCAUGUGACCUAGCCGACACCCACGCGCAGGGGGCCCCAACUGCCGCUGGAGCCCACCCAUGAAUCCCAGCCCCGACCGCGGCCAAGAGUGCCUCCCUCCCAAGAAGAGGGAGUCUCGGCAAGGAUUGACAGAACACCAAGUCCCCCUGGACGAGUUCAAACCCCCUGUGCCGCUCCGGAGUCGGUCCAUUGGAGGGGAGGGCGGCAGGGAGGCCAGUGACAGGGACCGAGCUCUUAUUAACCCAAACCCCCAUCUACUUCACACUCCUCCACCCCUACCUGCUCCUGCACCAGGCCUCACCCUGCCCCUGCCGUGGCACCUGAGCUACUCUCCCUCUGUCUCUCUCCCCCUUUUUCCAGGGCCAGUCGGCGAUAGAAGGGGCACAGGGUCUCCUGCCUGGAGAGAUGAUCCUCUCUCCUUAUCCAUGCCCCACCACUCUAGGUGGCUUAGAGGAGAUGGGCCCCUUUCCUUGCCUCCUUCUCCAUCUUCCUCCUCUUCUUCCUCCUUUAAGACACCCUUCCCGGCUGACUCCCGAGACAUGUGGUCCUACAUUAACAGCAGCCGGCGGGAGAACAGCUCCUCUCUCUUCUCCCCAUCCUACUUGUUUAGCCACCACUCUCUCUACGCGCAUGAUCCCAGCUUGGUCGAAGCCAGACAUCGGUACCUGGGCAAGAGGCCCAAUGGCCUGGAUGGGCCGGGCAGCAGGACUGCUUCAACCACCAGGCCUCUGCUUACGGGAGAAUACGGGAAUGACAGCAGCAGAACCAGACUGGACAUCAGUCCACACACCUCUCACACCAACGGUGGACGGAGACAGCCGGAAGAUCUGACAUCUCGAGUCCAUUCUGGAGGGCCUUUUUUGACAGACUCUCAAGCUCAGGAGGGCCAUGAGCUACAUUCCUCCCUGCAGGACAGACAUGGGAUAAGUAAGACCAGCUCCAGUCUACUCUCCACUGGUCCCCUUCCCCUUGGGCCAGUCCCAAGGCCUAGUAGAGGGGGACUAUUGGAUCCCCUCGGGGCUACACCAGCUGAAGCCCAGAUUUAUUACUCCUUGGGAUCAGUGUGCCACCCCAGCCCUCAGGCGCAGACUUUUCCACUCUACAGCCCCUCAGGAACACCUCUGUACAACCUACACAGGGAGCCAGGCCCCCGGCAGCACAACCUUAGAAACUCACCGCACUCCCCCCUCAGUCUGCCCAACAGCCAUGACAGGUCGCAAAGAGACCGGGACAGAGACAGAGAAAAGAUCCCACAGAGGGACAGAGAGCGAGGUAAAGACAAAGAGAAGCACCUUCAACAUGACCAAGAAAGAGACGGUGAGCGCGAGAGACGACGCGACAGAGAUCGAGGGAGGGAGUCAUCUCCUAUCCAUGUUCACAACUCACCCACAGACCUUCACCCAUCUCCCCCUGCGCUCCUACCUCACUUCACCAAGGGGUCUCUGAUCGAGUUAGCCAGCGGCAGGUUGAAGCGCGUGGAGGAGCUGCGGACAGAGGACUUCCUGCGGAGUGCGGACACAUCCCCUGAGUUCCACCUCAGCACCUGCACCGUGCUGCUGAUUUCCCCAAGCAGUGCUCAGGGCUUCAGCCACCUGCAUGUCCACCUUACAGACCUCAACACUCAGGAGUUACUGAAGGUCUUGGUGGAGUAUCCGUUCUUUGUGCAGGACCGAGGCUGGUCUUCUUGCUGUCCCCAGAGAACCUCACAGCUGUACGGCCUGCACUGCCGCAAGCUCACAGAGGGGGAUGUCUGCCUGGCUCUUACCCCCACACCCAACCAAACGCACCGGACACACGUGCGCACCAGCUCCAGGGCCCAUCGCACGCAGCCCUCCUCCAGGGCUGCAGGGGAGUCCAGCAGCAGCAGCUCGCACAGGGAUGAGAUGCCACCGCCACCUCCGCCUCCCCCUCUGCCUCACCACCCACCUCCUGCCGUGCCAGCCCCUCCUCCUCCUCUUCCUCCUCGCGCUGCAGAGCCUCCCGUUCAGGAGCAGCCGCGUCCACGCAAGCGGCGCUGGUCUGCCCCGGAUUCCCUCCCUUCAACUGGAACUGAUGAAAGUGUCCUGGAUUUACCUCAUGGCUCAAAGCUGAUGAAGUGGCAGUAAAAAAAAACUUGGAAAUGCACAUGUAUACAUUCACACACACACAUACACACACACAUAUAGGCACAUACACACCCUCCUUGUCUCUGCUGCACCCACUAAGACAAACAAUGGAGAGACCUCAAGGCAGGGUUGCAGGGAAGGAAUAAAAAAAACAUUAGAAAACACAACUUUACGGGUGUCCACACUGCUGCCCAAAAGAUUAACCUCAUCCGCCAUAUAUUACCCCUCUUUUCCCUUCCCUUCUUUCCUUUCCUUUCCUUCCUUUCUUUCCUUUCCUUUCCUAAACUAUACUUAGCACAGCCCUAAAAGGAGCAGCAGCUGAAGGAUCUCUGGAAAGCUCCUUACAGACACACUGAAGACAUUUAGUGAGACAAUCAAGCACUUGUCUGUGUUCACUCUGUUUUGUAAUGGUUGUCCCGCACACCUACUUACUGACAGUGAUAUCUGCAGGGUAUCGGUUUUCAAUCAGUGUUAUGAAAGUAACCCUAUUGAUGAAGUGCAGAUAUAUAUAUGAACAAAAGUUGACUAUAUAUACUACAUUACAAAUGUUAUAUACAGUAAUAUGCUAAACAGAUUUAAUGCAAUCUCUCUGUCAGUUUUGCAAAUGCAUUCUUGUUUCUCUUAAUUUUCUUGCUUCUGAGCCGAUGGCUGCGCGUCGGCCCAGGCAGGCAAGGUGAAUGUAUGAGCAACUCUUCGCCUUUUUUUAUUCUCAUCACUGGGAGUCAUUUCAAACAAUUGUUCAUCAAGGCAUUACCCUCCAAUAUGUUCUUAACAUUAUCUCUGAGAAGGGAGAACACUAAGGAAAAACUGCGUAACAGACAAUCCCACCCACACAGACAGGUCUGUGCCACAUCGCCUCGACACACAUGGUGUUUUUUUUCCAUCACACACGGAAUGAUGGAAAGAGUAAAAAAGAAAGUACAGCGCGGCUGAAGAGUAAUGGUGCUAAUAACACGUUGGAACAUGAUGCUUUGUGAAUACUCUUGACCCCGGUGUACUGUACACUUCUGUUCCCCUCUCAUUUUUUACGUACUGUAUUUGUUUGAAAGCAGGGAAAAUGAUGAAAGUAUUUUAAACUCAGAUACGGGUAUCUCUUCUGAUUCAGCACACUCUCUCACUUUAGUUUUUGUGUUUGUUUGUUUUUUUAUUUUCAAAAGAAAACCUUACCUGUUGAUUUUUCUUUUAAAUGUUAUAGCUACAAAAAUGUAUAUUUUUAAAAAUUGUGAAUCUGUUAUAUGAUGUUCGCUAGAAAUAAAGGAAAAAAAAGCUU